UCUCUCAUCACUACCCUACCACUACCAGUUGACGGUUACAUCGAAGUGAUCUUUGGAGUCGCCAUGCGCCUCUCACUGUUCACUUCUACCAGAUUCUCGCUAACAACAUGAAAUCCCGAUGCUUAUGGCAUAUUCUGCCACUGGCGCUAUUGCUACUACUGCAGGCUUUUCUCGGUGAAUGUAGCGACCAACCCGAUAAUUUAUCCUCUACGAUCGAUGCCGUACACGAGCCUAAGGCGCAAUCCUUCUUCCAAUCCUCUAGCGGGUCUGAGGACGUCGAAGUCCAACAACCGGGCCAUGAGCGCGUCGAACAUGCCCUCCGAGUUCUUCGAGACUCCAAACUCUCCGUCGUCGCCCCGGACACCAAACCCUCCAGUCUAGUGGGGUACGCCUGGUACUAUGCCCAGGAAGCCUUCCGGAUCCUCUUCAUGAACGCGCCGAAGUCGUCGUCGUCUGACAGCAACCGCUCCAAGAAACACAAGGUCCACCCGGACAUUGCCAAGGCCGUGCACGAGCUCACGGUCGCGGCGCAGGAGGCCGGCAACCCGGACGCGAUGUUCCUGCUGGCGGAGUUGAACUUCUACGGCAAUUACACGCACCCGCGCGACUUCAAGCAGGCGUUCCACUGGUACCACGCGCUGGCGGCCGCCACGGGCAACAGCACAGCCCAGUACAUGCUGGGCUUUAUGUACGGGACGGGCGUGGGCGGCGCCGUCGAGCGCGACCAGGCCCAGUCGCUGCUGUACCAUACCUUCGCGGCCGAGACCGGCAACACCCGCUCCGAGAUGACGCUGGCGUACCGCCACCACCAGGGUGUCGGGGCCCCGCGCGACUGCGACCAGGCGACGUAUUACUACAAGCAGGUGGCCGACAAGGCGAUCGCGUAUCUCCGCUCCGGUCCCCCCGGUGGACGCAAUCUGGUUCGCGAGAGUUAUCGCUGGGCGGACGAGGAAGGCGGGGUGUAUGGCGAGGGCGCCAGCGUGUCGACGGCGGGGCUGCGAGAUUCGGCGCACUCCGGCGCGGACGCCAAUCUGGAGGAUGUGCUCGAGUAUCUGGAUCUGAUGUCGCGGAAGGGCGAGCUGAAGGCGACGUUUAGUCUUGGCAAGAUGUACUACGAGGGCGGCCGCGGCCUGCCGCGGAACUUCCGCCGCGCGAUGCGCUACUUCAAGCAGGUCACUCGGCGGUAUUGGAACCAGGACAACUCCGUCAUUCCCAACUAUCCCGCCGGAAUCGAGAAGCUGGCUGCCAAGGCCGCCGGCCAUGUUGGGCUGAUGUAUUUGCGCGGCGAAGGCGUCGAACAAAAUUUCGCCACGGCGUUGACCUGGUUCCGCCGCGGACUUACCAUUGGCGAUGCGUUGUGCCAGCAUGAAAUGGGGCUGAUGUACUUGCAUGGGUAUGGUGUGUCGCAGGACGCGUACCGGGCUGCUUCGUACUUCCGCUCGGCGGCGGACCAGGACUUCCCGGCAGCCGAGACGAGACUGGGUGCCCUGUUCCUGGAUCAAGGGGACGUGCCGACCGCGACCAAGUACUUUGAGUUGGCGGCGCGGUGGGGGUCGAUGGAGGCGUUCUAUUACCUGGCGGAGCUGUCGAAUAAUGGUGUCGGGCGGAAGCGGCACUGUGGGAUGGCGGCGUCGUACUACAAGAUGGUGGCGGAGCGGGCGGAGGCCAUCCACUCGUCGUUCGAGGAAGCGAACACUGCUUACGAGAACGGGGACAAGGAGCGGGCGCUCAUCCCAGCCAUGAUGGCCGCGGAGCAGGGCUACGAGUACGCGCAGUCGAAUGUGGCGUUCCUUCUGGACGAGCAGCGCUCGCUGGUCGCGCUGGACCGACUCCUCCCCGGCACCCAGCAGAGCCGACCGCCCUUGCUCCGCAACGCCGCAUUGGCGCUGAUCUACUGGACGCGGUCGGCCAAGCAGGCCAACAUCGACUCCCUGAUCAAGAUGGGCGACUACUACCUCAGCGGCACGGGCAUCGCGGCGGACGCCGACAAGGCCUCGACCUGCUACCACACGGCGGCGGAGGCGCACUACAGCGCCCAGGCGUACUGGAACCUAGGCUGGAUGCACGAGAACGGGGUGGCGGUCGACCAGGACUUCCACAUGGCCAAGCGAUACUACGAUCUGGCGCUCGAGACCAGCCCCGAGGCGUACCUGCCCGUGAAGCUGAGUCUGCUUAAGCUGCGGAUGCGGGGGUAUUGGAACUGGCUCACGAACGGGGAUAUCAACCCCAUCCAAGAGGAGAAGGCCGCCAAACCCCACCGCACCUUGAAAGAAUGGAUCGCCGCGUUCAUCGAGAACGACGAAGAAGAGGAGGCCAACUACCGCGCACAACUGUACAAACGCGGCGACGACGAGGAGGACGAUCUGAUGUCGGCGGCGACGGGGAACCAUCGGCUGGACGAGCGCCAUAACGACGAUGGCUACUAUGAUGAUCUGGAGCUGGACAUCGACGAGAGCGUGCUCGAGGGCCUGAUUAUCGUUGGCUUGGCGGCUACCUUGUUGGUGCUGGUGUAUAUGCGACAGCAGCGUAAUCGACAGAGACAGCCUGAUGGUAACGGGGGUGUGAAUCCGGCUGCGGGGGGGAAUGGCAAUGGCAAUGGCAAUGGUAACGGGGUUGGGAACGGAGAGAGAGGAUUCUUCCCUCGGCCGGGGGAUCCCGAGUUCGCGCAGUGGGCGGCCGGGGGAGUUGGGCAUUGAGUAGAUAGAUUGUUCGGAUGGGGGUGAGGAUGAGGUUUUUGUGGUUGAAUUUACUAGAAGAC